AUGACUGAUUCUGAACUUGAUGCUAUUCGUGCUAAACGUUUAGUUGAAUUGCAACAACAACAACAACAACAGGCUGGCAGUAACAAAAAUAUCCAAAGUUCACCUGAAGAAAAACAACAGCAACAAGAAGAUAUACGUAAUACAAUGUUAAGUUCAUUGCUAACACAAGAAGCACGCGCUCGAUUGAAUAUGAUUGCUUUAACUAAGCCAGAGAAAGGCCGUAUGAUUGAAGAUAUUCUUAUACAAAAUGCUCGACGUGGUGCAAUUGGUGGUAGAAAAGUUAAAACAAUUAACGGAAAAACUAAUAUGAUCGAUUAA